AUGCACCCUGCAGAGGCUGCAAAGCCCUUAAUUAAAUUCAACCACUGUAAGAAAUACAUCUACAGCUUCAGUGUGCCCCAGUGCUGCCCCCUCUGCCAGCAAGUCAUGAGCUCGAGGAAGCUGGAGGAAGCACCUGUUAGCAUCUCCAAUCCCUUUACCAAUGGGCAUCAAGAAAAAUGUUCGUUCCUCCUCAGACCAACUCAAGGGACGUUUCUUAGGGAGUACGAUGGAAGGUCUGAUCUUCACGUGGGAAUAACCAACACAAAUGGAGUUGUGUAUAAUUACACCAUGCACGGGGUCCAGCGAGAUGAAGCAGGGUGGGAGCAGAGUGUAAGCAUCCCUUUACUGCAGCCUGGCAUGUAUGGACUGAUGGAUCAGUGGGACAAGUACCUGGAAGACUUCUCCACCUCGGGAGCCUGGCUGCCUCAGAGGUAUGAAGAAGACCAUCACAACUGCUACAGUUACACCCUCACGUUCAUUAACUGCGUUCUGACCACAGAAGGCAAGGGGCAACUGGACAAGGGUGAGUUCACGGAAAAGUACGUGGUUCCGAGGACAAGGAAGGCUUCCAAGUACAUCACACUCUACCGAGGGAUAGAGGAGCAUGGCUUCUACGUGACCGACUGCCCUGAGGAAGAGACAAACCCUCCUGAGGGGAGCGGUGUGUGCUGA